AUGGAGAUCCUGAUGAGCAAUCUUCUGUUUGAGAAUGACUUCAACCACGUGGGUAUUGUGGACUGGGAGUGGAGCCGAGUCGUUCCGGUUCAGUUCAUGCUGGACUUUGUGCGGCUCAUUCAGGAGGACUACUGCAAGCAGGUCAGCUACCUGCGUGCUGCCAUCCAGGCACGCGAGAAAGCCUUGGGUCUGCCACCGCUCUUGUCAACCCAACGGGAACCUCUGGAAAAGUGGUGUCAUGGCAUCAUCGCCAUGGGACUCAAUUACCCCGAGCAUGCCUAUCUAGUGUACUGGGACCUAGUUUUCAGGAAAGAGGUGCCCCGGCUGCGCGGUGCUACCGAAGAAGAGCACGAUCAGCAGCACGAGAAGGAAGUUGUCCCACGCAUCAAAGCGUUCAUCGAGGCUUCCGAGGAGCGCCGGACCUUCUUGGAGAGGAAGAUACGAGAACAAUUGGAAUAUUUCGAGGCCGAGAAGGAGCACUACGGCUACAAGAAACCGCGUCCGAUUAUCGAUCGCGUCUGCUAG